AUGAAGCACAGUACUUGAAUAAUUAAGAUCCCAAUUGCCAUUUACCAUACAUCAUUUUGUAUACUAUUUCUGGUGACCAUUAUUAAUAUGACGACAUCAUUCUUCCCUCUAAUCUUCGACAGCAUAAACGUAGGAAGACACAUUAAAGGAACAAAAAAGCGACUAACAUGAAAAUUUGAGCUUGACGGGAAAGAGCAAACAAUCAUUAUGUUUAUAAGCAAGUUCUCAGGGAAGCGGAAAAUACUUUUAAAUGGUGACAUAAAAAUUGAAACAAGAAAAGCAAGCUCAUACGCGACAUAUCCUUUACGAGUAGGAAGACAUUGCAUAAUCCUAUAUGAACAAGAAGAUGGUAUUUUUGAUUUACGGUGCGAUAAUUUGUCGUUUGAUAUGAUUAUGAGGAAAAAUCGUUAUAAUUCAUCAUUUGGUGAAGCUCAAGAGUAUAAUUUGCCGAAAGUUGACCCUUUUGAGCAAGAAUGCUUUUCUCCUAAAAAUAUGGCUAAUGAUUAUGAAGAGCAUUUAGGAAGAUAUGAUCCAUAUAUACCGAAAGAAAAUGGCCAGAAAAAUAUAUGAAAUACAAAUAUAGUUGGUUUUAGGAGAUCUGAAGCUCAGAGAGAAGGGUUUUCGACUGAGAAAAUUGAAUUUCAAACAGCAAUUCAUGUAAAUAGUAUGCAAACUAAUAAAGAUACUCAGAAUGUAGCAAAACCAAAAGAGAGCAGCCUUGAUAUUCUAAGCGCUCCUUAUACAGUUUCUUCCCUCCCAACUGAUUUAUUUACAAAGCCACUUUCAGAAAGCCAUCCUCAAUCUUUUACAAUGAACACAAAUCCCUUUGAAAGCGGGACAGCCUACCCAUAUAUUGAUAACACUCCGAAAUUCUCAGAACCUCCAAAAGAAGACCUCAGCUCCAUAGUUGACCUCGACAAUUUAUCAAAAGGUGACAAUUACUCCCCAGCAGAAGUUCGCAAGUAUUAUGAAACCCACAAAGCUUUUUCACUUCCAGACACUCCAAAUGUGCCCAUCUACCAGCUUCGCACUUCUCAGACCCAAGCCCCAGCAAUUCCAAAUACAGAGCCUCAAAAGAUGUAUUAUCCUUAUUUGAUGAUGAAUCCAUACACCCAAUAUCAUCAUUAA